CUCCGUGUCUCUCAGGGACUCUCAGCCUGCUCUCCCUCUGCAGCCUCCAUUACUGUACCAACCAAAUUUUGCACUCGACAGCAACCAAGACCCAUGGCCCAGCAGCAGCAAAUUAGCUUACCUGCCAAACUAAUUAAUGGAGGGAUUGCAGGCAUGGUGGGAGUCACCUGCGUGUUCCCAAUAGACCUGGCCAAGACCCGACUGCAGAACCAGCGCAGCGGGCAGCAACUGUACAAAAACAUGAUGGAUUGUCUUAUUAAAACUGUGAAAUCUGAAGGCUACUUUGGCAUGUACAGAGGCGCUGCAGUAAAUCUUACCUUGGUAACCCCGGAGAAAGCCAUAAAACUAGCUGCUAAUGACUUCUUUCGCCACCAGCUGAGCAAAGAGUUUGGUGGGCUUACGGUUUUCAAAGAGAUGCUGGCGGGAUGUUGCGCAGGAAUGUGCCAAGUCAUCGUCACCACACCAAUGGAGAUGCUGAAGAUUCAGCUGCAAGAUGCUGGCAGGCUAGUGGCUCAGCAGAGAGUAAUGCCAAGUGUGGUGACAACGCUGAAGAUGGGGGGCACCAGUGCUGUUCUCAGCCGUUCCUAUAACACGGCCCCUACAUCUCAGGUCAUUCGUACAUCUGCCCUGCAGAUCACCAAAGAACUACUGAGGACCAGUGGAGUUGCAGGAUUGUACAAGGGACUUGGGGCCACACUGAUGAGGGACAUCCCGUUCUCUGUUGUGUACUUCCCACUUUUUGCACAUCUGCACCAGCUUGGUAGGCAUUCAUCUCAAGAUCUAUCUGUGCCGUUUUAUUGGUCCUUCAUGUCCGGCUGCUUGGCUGGAUCCAUCGCUGCUGUGGCUGUGAGUCCGUGUGACGUGGUCAAGACAAGGGUGCAGUCACUCAAAAAAGGAGCUAACGAGGAAACCUACAAGGGAGUGGUUGACUGUAUCAGAAAUAUCCUGAAAAAAGAGGGUCCCAGUGCUUUCCUAAAAGGGUCUGGCUGUCGAGCUCUAGUCAUCGCUCCUCUCUUCGGCAUUGCCCAGGUUGUGUACUAUGUGGGAGUUGGAGAGUUCCUGCUGGGGUACGCGCCCUACAACAUAUACUCUGCAUAAACAUGUUUCUAGACCUUUAUGGAGGUUUUGUAUAAUAUUUUUUUUUAAUUGCAGCAGCUAUCCUGGGCAAUAAACCCGGCUCUUCUUCUUUUUUUUAUUAAAAACAAAUGUUUACUCUCUUUAUUUUAAGAGAAUCAGAGUUAAAACAUUAAUAGGACCAGAAAUAAGCUAUUUUCUAUUAGAAUGGCUUCUUCUUAUAUCUUUAGCUUAACUGUCUUUUAUUUAAAAGACUAAAGUUGAUGCUAACUUGUCUUUAGCCUUCGGUGGAGCUUAUGAGAUGAGAGCUGCUUCCCUCACUAAGGGAUUUGUUCACUCUUUUGCUCAGAACAAACCAAACCUUUCCCUCCGCUUUUAGAUUCAGCUCUCACUCCUAAAUAUAUGUUCCCAUCAGUCACCCCCACUGUAACCCUAAGCUACACAUCCCACCAGCUGAUCGCUCCUGGCAGCCACUAGGUAAUGGUGUUGUGAAAGAAAGCUAAACAACACUGCAUAAAAUGAAACCAAUACUUGAACUACUUUGAUCUGUUUUAGGUUACAUGUGAAAAUGGAGUUUGGAGAUUAUUUCUAAUUCAUGUAUAUAUUGUAAAAUUGUUUAUAAAGUAAAUGUAGAUAACUUCUACUGGAAGACAUUUAUCAAGUUAUGCACUCUAAAUAAACUGCAAACAACGUGGACAGUCUAUUCAAUAUUUACUUGUUUUUUCUGAAACGUUUCCCAGUAUUUGGUCACAGUUUGCCGUCUGCACUUCGAUUUUAAGGAAGAAAUGUAUACUGUUACUGUGAAUCCUUGCUACGGCAGCCUGAAAACCUCUUUUUAUUUUAUUUCAGCAAUAUCAGUAGAUAAGACAACACAGGGCUCCAGCGAAUUGCCUUUUUACUUUAAAGGAAAUUAAGUAAAAAAUAGCAGAGUAAAAUGAUGAUAAUGAGACUUUAUCAAUGGGUUUAAUAAACUCUAAGGACCAAGUCUUAAAAAAAAGGUGCAACUUGUCGAGAUGUGCUCUUAGCCCAGGAUUAAAAACAGGAGCAGCUUUAGGCUACUUUCUCCUUUUCUUAUUAAAACUGCCGA